AUGAGACUGGCAGGGGUUGUGCUGAGUGCGGAGUGCCAGUCCAGCCUGUGCCGGCAGGACAGAGGACACUCCGCACAGAGAAAACCUGCCUCUGUUGACAGCCUGUGGCUGCCCACACCCACGCCCGGCUGCCCCUCAGUUCUCUGCAAGGGAGGUCGCGGCAGCGGCCCGGCGCCAGCGACGACCGUGGCGACAGUGGCGGCGGCGGCGGCGGAGACUGCAGCGGCGACCGUGGCGGAGGCGGUGGCGGAGGCCUCCGUGGCGGAGGCGGAAGCAGAGGUAGAGGCUGAGGCCUCAGGAGGAGGAGGAGGAGGAGGAGGAGGAGGAGGAGGAGAAGGAGGAGAAGGAGAAGGAAAAGGAGUGCUGGAGGCCAUCCUGGGGGAGGCGGCCGCCCAAGCCAGGAAGGAGGUGGAGGCCGGCCCGGAGGCAGCAGCCUUGGCGGCGGCGGAGACCAACACGACCAGAGCGGCGGGUGAGAGUGACGACUCGGGUGCGGAGUCCGGUGCGGAGUCAGGUGCGGAGUCGGGUGCGGAGUCGGGUGCUGAUGGGGAUGCGCAGGUGGAGGCGGCUGUGGUGGCCGCGGCCUCGGCCCGGGCUGCAGUGGGAACGGAUGUGGAUUCCGAUGUGGAUGCCGAUGUCGAUGCGGAUGCCGAAGAUGAUGAUGAUGAUGAUGAUGAUGAUGAUGAUGAUGAUGCCGACGCGGGUGCGGGCGGGGGCGCCGAGGGGAACCCCGACUAUGCCUUGGCCUCGCUGUACGUAGGCGACCUGCACCCCGAGGUGACGGAGGCCAUGCUCUACGAGAAGUUCAGCCCGGCUGGGCCCAUACUCUCCAUCCGUAUUUGCAGGGACAAGGUCACCCGCCGCUCUCUGGGCUACGCGUAUGUCAACUACCAGCAGCCGCUGGACGCCAAGAGGGCCCUGGAGACCCUCAACUUCGAUGUCAUCAAGGGCCGAGCGGUGCGCAUCAUGUGGUCCCAGCGGGACCCCUCACUCCGCAAGAGCGGGGUGGGCAACGUGUUCGUCAAGAACCUGGGAAAGACCGUCGACAACAAGGCUCUGUACAACAUCUUCUCCACGUUCGGCAACAUCCUCUCCUGCAAGGUGGCCUGCGACGAGAAGGGGCCCAAGGGCUAUGGCUUCGUGCACUUCCAGAAGGAGGAGUCUGCGGAACGGGCCAUAGAUGCCAUGAACGGCAUAUUCCUCAACUACCGCAAAAUUUUCGUGGGGAGGUUCAAGUCGCACAAGGAGCGAGAAGCCGAAAGGGGAGCCUGGACCAGGCAGUCCACCAGCGCCGACGUCAAAGAUUUCGAGGAAGACACCGACGAGGAGGCUACCUUGCGGUGAAGGUGAUGCAAUUUCAUGACAGGAACAUCCAUUGGAAAGGAGAAGGGAAUCAGAUGAGGGGAAACCAAGAGGGUAACUGCUGCUCCCCCCACCCAUACCUGCCUUGACCCUACUACACAGAAACAACCACGUUUACCUUCUGGGUGUGCUCAUUUUCCUGACUGGCUUCUCUCUUCCUCCCUCCCUGCCUCCCUCACCCCUGUCCACUUUCCCUGUUGACACACCCUAAGAGAAUCCUUCCUGUGCGUGGUGUUUUCUUAGCCUGCUUUCCCAGAAACUAAAACCAAACAAAGAUCUGCCCGUUGAACUUCUUCGCGUGUUAUUCAACAGGUUUCCAAAAUGUCAUCUUUAGUGCCUGCAGAGUGUCUGUAUCCAUGGACCUUAACAUUUCUGUGAUCAUUCCCACAUUGCUGGACGUUCAGGGGCGGUGCCUACUUCCUGCCCUGUGUUCAGAUCCAGCAGCCAGUGCUCUGAGGACUGAAUCCUCCCUUGCCAAGCCAAAUAUUCGCUACCUUUCCCAAUGCUCUUCUUACAUGUGAGCUUACGGGGCCCACCUAUGGACAGUUAAAGACUUCCUGUGAGUUGCCAGCCGUCCCCCACCCAAACCAUGGCACGCAUUUGCAUUCAUGCAGUAUAGUGCAGCUAGUGCAAAGACAAUGCCCAUGUGUGUGCCCCCACACACACUCAUGGUCGCGGGCUCCUCCUCGAGUGCCUGUGUGCGUGCUUAUGCCAGUGCGUGUGCGCGUGUGUGCGCGUGUGUGCGCGUGUGCGCACGAGUGUCUUGCUCAGCUUGAUGAGCUGCAAACGGUUAUUUUUCUGGUCAUGGUUAUUUUUUUUUGCUGGAUUUCUGUAGUGUUUAUUACCUCCUUCUCCUGUGACCAGCUUCCUCUCCUUUUCCCCCCUUGUCACAAACAUAACUCAGCUUCA